AUGCACUGCAAAAGACGGAAAGUUCAGUUUGCUUCUUCACCAUCCAUUGUGUCACCUGCGGAUGAUUCCACAUUACAGCCCCAUUGCCCAGAUCAGCUCUGGUAUCGAAAAUCUGAAAUAAGCAAAUUCAAAGCGGACACUCGACAGCUGGUGAAAGCGAUACGUUCUCCCGAGGAAGUCCUGAAAGAUUCUUCAUUGAGAGGACUUGAAAGUUCCACCUUGGAACGCCGAUUGUAUCGCCACAAAACGAUUCAAUGCACGCUAAGUGCCUACAGAAAGAACAUGAACAUUGAAGACGUGGCCAAGAUUGCUCGCGUCUGUGGGACUUGGAAUGUAGAAAUCGCCUUUGUCCAAGCUUGCCAUGACUACUUUGCAGCCUAUCCAACAAAGCAAGUCAAGCUCCCCAAGGUGUCGUUCCAGCCACCUGACUUUCCAUUCGCACUUCGUAAACCCAAGUCCCGAAAUCUACAAUACGAUCAUCGCGACCAACCUCAACGAAAUGUUCGGCGCCGGAUCUCCUAA